UUUAAUAUUCUAUGCAAUAUUUAAUUGAAUUAUAAAGUGGAAACAUGGAUGGUCGUUCUAAACUUGCAUUUACUUUUAUUUUUUCCAGGUUUUCUUCUUCAUCACAUGGUCUAUCACAUCCCAAGCCUUGAUCCUAGAGGUUCUUUGCUUUAUCCAUCGUAUUUGACUUUUUGGGUGAUGGACUCGAUCUCAAAAACAAUCUACUUUUUAAUAUGCUUAAAAUUUUGACAAUUUCUACUCUCUGAUACAACCAUUGGCAUAGCUUUUGGGGGAAGAAAUGAUGCUAUAUUCUAUGAUAAUCAUAUGUUUCAACUAUGUAUAUCUUUUCAGCUCAAGUAGUUGUAUUGUUUUGAGUGGUUGUUCGAAGAUUUUUCAUGGAUUUUGCAAAGUUAGAAGUGUUUAGAUCAGAGGACUUAAAAGCGUGCACCAACAAUUUCAACAUCAAAAGCCUCGUUGGAGUAAUUCAAUUUGGCAAAUUAUAUAGAGGAAAGAUUAAAGGAGUCAAGACUGGAACAGAAGGUCAAGAUGUAAUGGUAAAGAUAUGGGAUAAGAAAUCCGAAAACAUGGAUUUCCUCCCAUAUGAUGAGUGUUUGAUGGUUAAAGAAGAAGUUGAAAUUUUAACAAAUCCAAUUACGAACAGUCAUCCCAACUUGGCAAAACUGAUUGGUUAUUGCCUUGAAGAAGAAAUAAAGGGUGUUGUUUAUGACCUCAGUCCACUAGAUAGUUUGCAGAACCUAAUGCUGAAAGAUGAUCUCAACUGGCUUCAGAGGAUCAAUGUUGUUCUUGAAAUUGCACGCCUCCUUAAAUUUCUUCAUGGUCAGGACAAGCCUUAUCUGAUCUACAAUAUCAAUGCAUCUCAUAUAGUGGUUGAUUGGGAUUUCAAGCCAAAGCUAAUUGAUUUUGGACAAAUUGGCAAAGGGAUAAUUGGUGAAAUGAGUAGGCAAAAUAAGCAAAUAACAAUGCCUAUACGCUGUCAUGAUCCAUAUUUUACUCUACGAGGGGGCGAUUGGGAUACAAGCAGUGAAGUAUUUUCAUUUGGGGUUAUUCUCCUGGGACUAAUAGCCAAAAGAACUUGUGAACUGGAAAAACCUGACAUAGUAUUGGACCGACUACUGCAUGUUUGGGCCAAGAAGGAAUACAAACCCCAGUGUUCUCUUGUCCACAACAGCCUGCAAGAAGACUGGGGUUAUCAUGCUCAAGAUGGUAUUGCAAUUACAGAGUUGGGGAUGUGUUGCAUUGAGUUUUUUCCAAGGAACCGUCCUACUAUGAAGGAUGUUGUUGAGCGUCUUGAAAGUUUACAUAUUUUACAACGUCUUGGUGAUUCAAGAGCUCACAAAAGGGGCAAGAAAUUUCAUGAUAAUGCAAUGUGCUUAUGAAACAGAAAAUUUCAUUGAGUUCCGUAUGCAGCUUUCAUAUUGCUAGUUUCUAACUUUAUUAGGCACUUUAAAACUUUAAUAGUCUCUAUUUAACUUUAUUAGUAUUUGUAUAUACAAGACAUGAUUGCAUC